CGGGAAGUGACGUCUUUCAUGUGCGACGUCGUAGGAACUGAAAAACGUAUACAACAAAGAUGGCGUCCCCCGGCAAGGCGAGUGUGAGCGAUUCACACGUGGGGAAAAAGAAGAAGCCUCCGGCUCGAUACUGGCAGGAGGAGACAGAUGGAGAAAAGAAAGGCGCAGAAGACGGAGGACGGGCCGCCGAGGAGGAGCCCAGGACCCAGAAACCAAAACAAGAGGAGCAUCAGAGAGAUGGAAAGAGAUUCAUAUCAGGAAAAUCCGACCCUUUCCCUGGUCCUGCUCCUAUUCCAGAAGACAGGCUGCAGAAGUUCAAGAGGAAAGAGAAAACUAAAAAGCAUCGUCGGCAGCAUUACAAGCUGAGAGACAUCAUCACUCGCUCUGAAGAAGCUUCAGAAAUGGCCCAGAAACAAGCUGCCCGGUUUGACAUCUUACUCCCAGAGGACGCAGGGUUUCUCGAAGGAGACGAAGAGGAGGACACGUACACGAUCUCUCAGGAAGAUAUUGCAGAUGCUGUGGACAUAACAUCUGGAGCAAAGUAUUUUAACCUGAAACUGUCUCAGUUUGGACCAUAUCGAGUGGAUUACAGCAAAACUGGACGUCACCUUUUGCUUGGUGGGAGGAGAGGCCACGUUGCUUGUGUAGACUGGCAGUCCAAACAGCUGAUGUGUGAAAUUAACGUGAUGGAGUCUAUCAAUGAUGUAAAGUGGCUCCACAGUGAGACCAUGUACGCUGUGGCUCAGAAGAAGUGGCUCCAUAUCUACGACUCCAAUGGAAUUGAGCUCCACUGCAUCCGAAAAUUCAAUGACGUCCUUCGCAUGCAGUUCCUCCCCUACCACUUCUUGCUAGCCACAGCGAGUGCUUCGAGUUUCCUGAAGUACCUCGACGUGUCUGUGGGAAAAGAGGUGACAGCCAUCUGCACCAAGACCGGCCGCCUUGAUGUGAUGUGCCAGAACCCCCAUAAUGCAAUCAUUCACCUGGGACAUCCUAACGGCACGGUCACCCUGUGGUCGCCCAACCAGAAGGAAGCCCUCGUCAAGAUGCUCUGUCACCAGGGUGGCGUGCGCUCCGUCACUGUCGACAAGUCGGGCACAUACAUGGUGACAUCUGGGAUGGAUAAGAAGCUGAAGGUGUACGACAUUAGAGCCCUCAAGCCCCUCCAGUCCUACUUCCUCCCGGCUGGAGCUUCCUGUUUGUCCCUGAGCCAGAGGGGGCUGCUGUCUGCAACCACGGGGGAUGUGGUUCAGGUGUACAAGGACGUGUGCAACACCCCAGUGACUAAACCAUACAUGGCUCACAGAGUUCGAGGAACAGCAUGGGGACUGAGCUUCUGUCCCUUUGAGGACGUCCUCGGGGUAGGACACGGAGACGGCUUCACCAGCAUGCUUGUACCAGGUGCGGGUGAACCUAACUUUGACGGUUUGGAUGCAAAUCCCUACCGCAGUGCAAAGCAGAGGCAGGAAUGGGAGGUUAAAGCUCUGCUGGAGAAGAUCCAGCCAGAACUCAUCAGUCUGGACCCCUGUGAACUGGGACAGGUCGACCAGGCCACCUUUCAACAAAGGCACCAGGACAGGGUCCAAGCCUUGGGCUUUGACCCACUUGCCAAAGAAAAAUUUGUUCCCAAGUAUAAGAAAAAAGGUCGUAGUUCAACAGGCAAUGUUGAAAAGCGCAAGAGGCAAGUGGCGCAUGAGGACCAGAGGGAUAUAAUCAAGCAAACUGUGGAAGACAAAAUGAAAAUGGAAAAAGAAAGAAAGAAUAGGGAAAAGAAGAAGGCAAAAUUAUCUGGCUCGAGAUCUGCUCUGGACAGAUUCAAAAACUAGAAGAGGAGGACCCAUUGUGCCACCCAGCUGCCAGUGACAUCCUGUGCGAGUGACCUUUUGAACUUCAUAUAAAGGACACAUUUUUUGGACACAUUACUCCACCAUAGGAACAAAACUCAAACUGCAGAAAUUCUGGAUAUUGUCUACGAAUGACGACAUUGUGAUGGGUAACAGUUGAGGCAGUUUAUUUAAUGCCUGUAUCCUGAAGCGCUUCCUGUCAACUGUGGUAGAUAAUGUGGGGUGCCAUGGCUGGCAUGGUUGUCACAAAGAAUUUGUGUUAGGUUUUUCAUUUUUCUUUUUUUCUCUCCUGAUGAUAACAUUCUAAUUAAUUGUUGAACUUUUCACGUUGAGCUAUUUGGUGGCUGAUCUGACCGAGCAUACGUCAAAUGUUUUAUAUUAACAGGUCCUGAAAAUAAAUAACAUACUGCCCA